ACCAAUGCAUCUUGGGACGAAGAAGGAGUCGUUGUUGUAGUGAUUUGAGAAGUCCUUGAACGUGAGAUGAAUUUUUUCCUCAAGAUUUUUUCAAAUACCCUUUUCAAAAACAACUAGUGAUUCACAACAUUGUUAUCAAGCUACGCAGAGUCGUUUGUGUGCAGUUGGGAGAAAUGGGAGCUGAUAAAAGGAUUAGUCGGACAGAACGUAGCGGGAGAUAUGGCUCUGACCAGUCUCGUGAUGAAUCAGAUUGGCGUGACAGACGAGAGAGGGACCAAGAGCGUGAUCACAACAUGCGCCGCUGGGGCGAAGAGAGACGCAGUGAUCGCUUUGAAGGAGAUCGUCGAGGAUCAAGAGACAGUCCAGAGCAAAGAGAAAGGAAACGACGUAACAGUGAUAGAUCAGAAGAUGGUUAUCACUCUGAUGGCGACUACCCAGAGCAGGAUUACAGAAGAGAGCCUGGGGAGGAGAAAAAGAGCAAGACGAUCAUGCUCUGGGGUCUGUCUCCUCAUGUCACUGACGAUGAUAUUUGUUUUGCCAUAGACCAACUGGAGGGGCCGCAGCCAGUGGAUGUCAGGCUGAUGAAAAAGAAAACAGGUAUAAGCCGUGGUUUCGCCUUCGUGGACUUUUAUCACUUGCAAGAUGCUACCCGAUGGAUGGAGACCAAUCAGAAACGCCUGACCAUCCAAGGCAAAACGGUGGACAUGCACUACAGUCACCCGAGGAACAAGUAUGAAGACUGGCUCUGCAACACUUGUGGCCUGUACAAUUUCCGGAGGAGGCUGAAGUGCUUCAGGUGUGGAGCAGCCAAAGCUGAAAGUGAAAAUGGCAAUAACACCGGAGUCUCUGAAACUCAACCCAGUGGAGAUUUCUAUGGAGACACAAUCAUCCUCAGAAAUAUUGCUCCUCUGACCACCGUGGAAGCCAUCUUGACAUCUUUGGCACCAUAUGCUAAUCUUUCAUCUAACAACAUCCGUCUUAUCAAGGACAAACAAACAGGCCAGAAUAGAGGCUUUGCCUUUGUACAGCUGUCUUCUCCUCUGGAGGCCUCUCAGCUGCUAACCAUCCUACAGGGACUGCAGCCGCCUCUAAAACUGGAUGGAAAAACAAUAGGGGUGGAUUAUGCCAAGAGUGCAAGAAAGGACCUUUUACUACCUGACGGGAAUCGUGUCAGUGCCUUCUCUGUGGCCAGCACAGCCAUUGCUGCAGCCCAGUGGUCUUCAAGUCAGCCACAGCAGAGCUCAGAGGGAAUGUCGGAGUACAGCUAUCUACAAGAAGGCUAUACUCCAAUGUCACAGGACUACCAGACGUACUACCAGCAAGGAGCAGGACCAAGCACCUCCCAGGGAAAUGGGAUUCUUGGAGCUGCCCCCGGAGUAAAGAUUGUUCCAACUGCAGCUGGAGUGCUAAUCGCACAGAGUGCACAAGUCUACCAACCCCACAUAAUUGGGCAGCCAGUAAUUCAGGCAGUGCCACUUGCACAGCAGCUGGAGGCAAAACCCCACACAGCACAUCUUUCAGGCAUUGACGCUGCGACUGUAGCUGUCGGCCCUGUUGCUGCUGCUGCUGCUGCUGCUGCCGCCGCCGCCGCCGCCGCCGCCACCACCACCACCACUACGACUGUUACCGCUGCUGGUAUAAUAACGCCUGACACCAGCUCUGCUCCUGACACGUCCACCUAUCAAUAUGAUGAGUCCUCCGGUUACUAUUAUGAUCCUCAGACUGGCCUCUACUAUGACCCAAACACUCAUUAUUACUACAACUCUCAGACCCAGCAGUAUCUGUACUGGGACAGUGAGAAGCAGACAUACGUACCUGCUCCUACAGACACAAACACUGCACAAAGUGAGAACGCGGCUACAAGCAGCAAAGAACCUAAAGAGGCAAAGGAGAAAAAGGAAAAGCCCAAAAGCAAGACUGCUCAGCAGAUUGCAAAAGACAUGGAACGAUGGGCCAAAAGUCUAAACAAGCAAAAAGAUAACUUCAAGAGCAGCUUUCAGCCUAUUAGUCAGGAGGAGAGGAAGGAGGCAGCAGCUGCUGAUGCUGGUUUCAUACUGUUUGAAAAGAAGCAGGCAGGCACUCUAGACAGACUCAUGCCAGAGAUGGUAAAGGGCCCUGAGGAGGAGCCACCAACCAGCUCAGUCAACACUUCCAAGUGUGGCCUCGUGGCGGCGUACAGUGGAGACAGUGACCCUGAGGAGGGGGCAGCUGAGCCUGAUGGUGGCGAUGGAGGCCAGGACAAACUGACGGACUGGACAAAGUUGGCUUGCUUGCUGUGUAGGAGACAGUUUCCAAGCAAAGAGGGUCUAAUUCGACAUCAGCAACUGUCCGACCUCCACAAGAAAAACUUGGAGGUUCAUCGCAGAUCCAAAAUGUCUGAGGCAGAGCUGGAAGAGUUGGAGAGAAAAGAAACUGAGCUGAAAUACAGAGACCGUGCAGCUGAGAGGAGAGAAAAAUAUGGCAUCCCUGAGCCCCCAGCACCCAAAAAGAAGAAAUUUACUCAACCAACACCAGUGAUUAACUAUGAACAGCCUACUAAAGAUGGACUUAACAGCGACAAUAUUGGGAACAAAAUGCUGCAGGCCAUGGGAUGGAAGGAGGGUAAAGGACUGGGUCGAAACCAGCAAGGCAUCACAACACCAAUUGAGGCACAGUUGAGAACAAAAGGAGCUGGACUCGGCACUAAAGGCACCAACUACACCCUCUCUGCUUCAGACACAUACAAAGACGCAGUCCGAAAAGCCAUGUUUGCUCGCUUCACUGAAUUGGAAUAAGUCAAUAGUCUCAAGCUCAAAUUGUUUAUCGUCGUGGCCCGCAGAUGGUUCUAGCUGAGAUUUCUGAGCGAUUUCUCUCCAUGUGUGAUGAUCAUGCCUUUUGUCAGAACGGUCAAACCAGACAAUAGAAAACAUCUGCAAUGGAGGUGGGAAUUAUAUUAUUUAUGAAUUGUACAUAGGCAGAGUGAAUUUACCUCCUUUGUUUACAUAUUUCUUCUGUUAAUGCCCUUUUUUUGUCUCAGCAUGUUGAAAGAUUGUACAGUUUCUACAAAAAUCUUGUCAUUUUGUACAGAAAAUAAAUGACGUGAUUUAUGAA